CCUAACUUUACCAAGUUGGAGGAAAUCGCCGCCCGUGUUCCGUUUUGUUCCGAGUGUGCGCCGGUAACAGACUCGUCGGCCGUUGUUUGCUGCGAGUGUGUCUCCAGAAAUUGCAUUACAGUCGGUUUUGUGGGUAUCCUUUUCGUUUCCGGUAAAUUUCAAAUUAGUUUCAGUUAUGUCUAUUUCUUGACUGGAUUUAUGGUAUGAUCUUUGCUUUAAUAUAUGAAUCAUUCUAUUUUGCUGGUUCUUCAUUAUCUUCCAUUUCUUAAAGUAACAGAGACAUUUUUUGGAGUUAUUGAUUGUGCUAAAAAGAGAGAGAAUAUGAAACUUGUAAAUAAGUGAUGUAUGCUCCUCAAUAGCUACCAUUAAACUUUUGUAUGAGUUAUUGCUAUUGUGGAAAACAUGGUUUCAUAGUUUAGAAUCUACUGGUUAUUUUGGUUGUGUGUGUUUAUGUGGUUUAGGGUUAUAUUCAAAGACAUAUCACUUGUGUUUGUAUGUGGUGAUCACAAUAUUGGAUGUUAGCUUUAUAGCCCUGUAUAUGAGAUUUGUUUCUUUGUUAUAUUCUUAACUCCCAAUAGAUAAUUUUUUUAUUUAUUUUCUUUGAAUCAAAUCCAAAACCCUUGAGUUAUAUGAGUUAUUGUUAAUUUGUUAUUGCCUAACUCAUGGGUUUUACUCUUUCUAAUUCAAACUCACACACCAAAAACCCUUCCACCAUUUUAUUCUUAAAACUUAAAGUUUUAGAAUAUUAAUUAAUUACCAAUAGUCAUGAUUAGUCAAUAGAAGAUUUGUUAGGAUUAUCCCAUGGAGAUGCUAAUAGUGAUCCAAAGAAGAGUGACCCACAAAUGCAUUCAUCUACAUCGGCUCAUGCUCCAUGUAUUCUAAAGCAAAGUAUCAAUGAAGAUGAUGAUGAGGACAACGACGCAAGUGAUGAAAUUCAUGAGGACGACUUAAGUGAUGAGGAUGAAAUAAGUGAUGAAUUUCAAGAAGACGACAUAAGUGAUGACGACAUAGGUGAUGACCUUCAAGAUGACGAUUUAAGUGAUGAAGAAGAGGAUGAUGUAGAUGACAACAAGUUGGAAAAAUUUAAAUGAGUUGGAUUUUGUUGUUUUAAGCUUCUACUUAAGCAUUGAACUUAAAAAAAAAACUAUCUAUUUUGUCAUUUUGCUAGACUUAGAUUUAUAAGUGUUAAACUUGUAGUAUUAGACAUUUUAUGUAUUUGAGUUAACGCUUG